AUGGAUGAAAUAAGAGAACACGAAAUCAUCAAACGCACGGUGCGAAUAAAACGACACGCUGCACGAAUAAAAUUUGAUCUGCAAGCAAAAAACAACGAUUUUGAGGGUGCAUGUGGACAGGCUCUGACCCAUGUUAUGUUCAGAAUGCCCGCCAUAAAGGAUUAUUCGUUAUUCUACCGGUUACUAUCAUUUCAUUACACAUCCACUUCUUCAUCAAUACCACAAAUGGCGUACUUUGGUCUAAAAAUUGCACCAAUCACAGUUUUACCUGCAGAGGAAACAGCCCUGCCUCCAAUGAGUUAA